UGCAAAGACACCUGCAGUGUGGUUGGAACAUGAUCAAACAUCCCAGAGAAGGCAAAACUUAGAAGAAAAGAAAACGUCUUUAACAUACACAGAUCCUCUGCACGUUGAUACUUUCUCAGAUCACAAGUACAGUAAUCGAAGUACAUCUUUGAAGAGAUGCAGUAGUUCCAGCAGGAAUGAUACAUAUAAAUCAACAACGCAAUAUGUUUUCACCGACGUGAAGGGGCGUCAUCACAAAAGAAGAUCUGGAAACGAGAAAAUUGUUGACGUGGUUCCACCUAAAAGUCCUCAUAGUAGUUCAAACAAUGAUGCCCGUAGCGCACUAGCCAGUAACAAGAAUAAGUGGCACAGCAUCUACCGAAACACAGCAGCAGACGAUAGAUGCCAAACGCAAAAUUUAAAGAAAAAUGUCCCAAUUGUUGAGGUUGAUGCAGCUACCAAAACCUGUUCAAGUGGAAAUUUGUCCAGCAAUGACUUCACUUCUGAUAGCUUGCCUAAGAAGAAUGACCGACUUAAAUCUGUCACUCAAGAAGCCCGUUACAAGAACAUUGCUACAGUUGUUGAGAUGGAUAUGUCUAAUCAAACCUGCUCAAAUCGAAAUUUGUUCAGCAAUGACUUCACUACCCAUAGCUUGUUCAAGAAGAAUGUUCCACUGCAACCACUGUCACGGAAGCAAACAAGUUCCUUUGACGACAAAGACAAUGUAAUGAGCUCAAAGAGAGAUAUUUAUACCGCACAUGAAAAGACGCUACCUGUUUCUUGUAAGGAAGAUAUGCCUUCAAAUGUCCAUUGUCACGAGCAGGAGAGUGAAGAAAAAAUAGAAAAGCAGAAUCUGUCAAAAAAAGAACAACAGAGAAAACAGCAGGGGCAAGACAAGCAACAGCAAGAACAACAGCGACAAAAACAGCAGCAACAAAAACAACGGAAACGAGAACCACAACGACAGCAGCAGCAGCAUCAACAACAACAACAACGACAACAAAAGCGUCAGCAACAAAAACAGCAGCAACAACAACAGCCACAAAAACAACUGUCGUUGCAGCAACAACAACAACAGCAACAAGGAAGAAAAGACAAAGAUAGUGAAAAACUUCUAAUUUUGCUUCAACAGCAAAUAGCUUUACAACAGCAGCAACAAGCAAAACAACAGCAGCAGCAACAACAACAACAACAACAACAACAACAACAACUACUGCUAAUGCAACAGUAUCAACAACAACAACAACAACAACAACAACAACAACAACAACAACAAAUACUACUAAUGCAACAGUAUCAACAACAACAACCACACCAGCAACAACGACAACAACAACUACUACUAAUGCAACAGUACCAACAACAGCAACAACACAAACUAAUGCAACAUUAUCAACAACAACAACAACAACAACAACAACAACAACAACAACAACAACAACAACAACAACAACAACAACAACAACAACAACAACAGAAGCCAAACAAUCACGUAGUCCAGCUUCGUGGAUUCACCCUGGAUACCGGUCAGCAAGAAAUUCGGAAGUUCAUUAAAGACCAGUGCGAGGGUGUGGAAAUUUUAAAUCUUGUUAAAGCAGAAGAGAAGUGCUUCUGUCUAAAGCUAAAGUCACAAGACGAUUGCCAAAAAGUAUACGAAACUUUACGAGGAUCGUCUUUUAAAGAUGCAGAAAUAAAAGCAACUUGGAAAAGACCACCAAAAGAAAUCAAGCAGGACAAACUAUAUGUUGUCGUGAAAAAUGUACAUCCAAAUAUUAGCAAGAAAGAUGUAAAGAACUAUUUCGUAAACUGUCAAGGCGUUGUUGAUAUUAACGUAACAAAAGAAGGCAAAUUAACUUACGCACGCGUGUAUUUUACGUCCGUAAAUUCUGCUGGCGAAGCGAUAGAGCAAAUGAAUGGAUUUCGUGUUGGAGGGGAAAAGCUUGAAGUAACAGCAGGUGUUGGAAUAUCAGAAGAAUUAGAAUGGAGAAAAUUAGAACGUCAGUUUCAGGAGUAUUCAGAGCCUGUGCAGGAGCAGAAAAAAUAUCUUCUCACUAAAAAUGACGAAAAACUAAAGGUUCUUGAAACUAGCAUCCCUGAUUUACGACCGCAGCGAAAACAUGUUUCACGUGAAGAAUUUAAUCGUCGUAAAGAAACAAGAAAAACAUACGAAGGGAAAAAGCAAGAGCUUAUUGAGCAAAGAAACGAGUUUCAAAAGAAAUUCCAACAACUUUUAGAAAGCUUUAAUCAGCAAAUUAAAGAUCACCGAAGUGUUAGCAACAAGAAAGGAAUCGAAGAUAUUUUGAAAACUCACAAACAUAUAACUGACAGGGAAUUUAGAAAGUUUAAGGCAAGUUUACCGAUUUAUGCGAAGCGUACGGAAAUCUUAGAAACUGUCGGUGGUAGUCAGAUUGUGGUUCUUGUUGGGGAAACGGGUUCUGGGAAAAGUACACAAUUGGCGCAAUAUUUAGCGGAGGAAACGUGGAGUCAAGGUAAAAAGAUUGUUGUAACGCAACCUCGAAAGAUUGCAGCAAUAAGUUUAGCAAAGCGCGUUUCUGAAGAGUAUGGAUGUAAGGUUGGCCAAGAAGUAGGAUAUCAUGUUGGUUUAGAUAAGAAAACCAAUAAAAAGACAAUUAUCAAGUUUGUUACUGACCGUAUUUUAUUGAACGAAGUUCUGAAAGGCGGCGAGACGAUGCAACAAUAUUCGUGUAUUGUUAUCGACGAAGCGCAUGAAAGAUCUAUUCACACAGAUUUACUUGUGGCCAUGUUGAAGCGACAGCUCACUUCGUUUCCUCGUCUUAAGCUCAUCGUAACGUCGGCUACGUUGAAUAUCGAGGUGUUCCGAAGAUAUUUCGGCAAUUGUCCCUUGGUGAAAGUGCCAGGUAGGACAUUUCCCGUAGAGCCUGUUUAUGCAAGAGAAAGACCUGAAGAUUAUGAUUAUGUUGAUGGUGUGUAUGAGAAGGUGAUGGAGGUUUGUGAAAGCGGAGAACAGGGAGAUAUUCUCGUGUUUUUGACGCAGCAGAAUGAAAUUGAGAAGACAUGUGAUAAAUUACAGAAGAAACUAGGAAGGGGAAGUAUCAUCCUUCCACUUCAUGGAAAGUUACAAUCAGAUGAACAACAGAAGGUACUUCAAUACUUUUGUAUAUUAUAUUAGAAGGAGAAAGUUUUAGAUUGGAUCCUCGUAUUUCGCGUGUGAAUAUAUUUCCCUUUGAUGAUGAUCCCAAUUGCAACCUUGACUCUAAAUGUUUGUUUGUUCGAAAAACAUCCUAAGAUUUGGAUUUAGUGCUACAUAUAUUAAUAUUACACUGAAUAACUUGAGAAUGAUUCAAUGUGUCAAAAAUAUAAAAAUAUGAUUUGAUCAUGUACUGUCACAUUGACGCGUGUAAAAUUAUUAUCAUCUUUUGGUCGGUUGUCCACAGGCUGAGUACUAGGACCUGGGCUACUACCAAACUUUGAAACAACUUAUCUCAGACACAGCUCUUGUGAAACCCUUAUUCCUACAAAUCUCGUGGAUUUAUUGAACGUUUUGGGGGAAGCCGGGUAGCAGAUGUGAAACCUCAGGUGUUAGACCGAGUUAAAGGGAUAUGGCAAUAAAAAUUAACUUUGUCUUAUUUGAAAGAAAUUUUAAAGUUAUAUAUGAAGACCCUUUACAACGUUUUCGUACCUUGCUUGGUUUUCGAAGUAUUUUCACGAAAAAUAGUGUGCAGUCCGCCAUCUUGGUAUUAUCGUGGAUUGCAAAGUAACUGGAUAGAAAACGUCCUGAUCGUCACAGUCUAAACCUAGUUGCAAUCUGUGACGUCACGCGUAUUGCAAAUAUACCAAAGUUCUCCAAACUGGUCUAAUUGUUUUAAAAACAUGCCUAAGCCACGACAAAGUAUUCAAGGUAAAUGUUUUUCGUCUUUGUUUUGUAUUUUACAUUUGUAGAGCUACGAAAUUGGUGUCGCCAAUUUUAACAACAUUUGCGAUGCAUUUUUCACUGUUUAGUGCUUGAAAUAUUUGCUAAAAUUGACUGGAAAUACUUAGAGAUUUCAUCGUAGAAUGGCGUAGUUAUCUUUAUUUGCUCAUUGACUAAAAUGUUUCGCUGUAUUAUUGCUAAACAUGCCGUUUUUGAGAACUUGGUUUGCAACUAGGUUUCAACAUCCAAUCACGCCAUCAGCCGAUUGAAAACAUUAGGUCACGUCAGCUAGUUUCCUAUCCAUUUAUUUUAUUAUCCAUGGUAUCAUAAUUGGCCUAAUUAACUGAGUUUUUGAUGACAUCACUUGGAUUACAAACCCUAACAUCCUAAUAUUAAUUCCACCAAGUGAAGUGCAAGAAUCUAAGUCAUUCAAGUCCACCUUAUCACAACCCGCACACCCGAUUACCUAUAUACACAUGAACUUACGGUUACAGCUCAACAGCUGGCCUCCGUGGCUCAGUUGGUUAGAGCGCUGCUCCGGAAUCGCAGGGCCGUAGGUUCAAUUCCUACUGGAGGACCUUGUGCUGCAUUUUUCGCAGUCGUUCCUGGUUAGGUCUUAAAAUGUAUAUAUUCUCACUUGGAUUACAAACCCUAUUAUCCUAAUAAACUUGUUAAAACUUCUUCAUGUGGGACUAAAUUUCUUCGAAAAAUUUCUUAAAAUGUUGCGAGUUAAUUUAGUACUAAAAAGACUUCGGAAAAUCGAGUUUCAUAUUCAUAAUGACAUGUGGUUUGCAAGAUAAAAAUUUCGCUUUUUACCCUACUUGUGACGUAUGCAUAUCGAAUGCAUAUCAAAGAUGGCGGAAUGCACGCUGCUUUUGAUCAAAAUAAGUCGAUUUAUUUCAAAAACCAAGCAAGAUACGGAAUAAUUGUAAAGGAAGUUGUUUAUACAUCAUUUUAAAUGUUCUUUCAAAUAAGACAAACUUAUUUUACAUUGCCAUAUCCCUUUAAAUAGACAAAAGAGGUAUGUGCCAGCGUAAAUGGUGACAAUAACAUGUAGACGUUCGUGCGUGAGUUCGUGUACUUUCCGACAAAGGACAUUCGCUCGAGACGUUUUACUGUAUUUUUCAGGCAGUUUAAUCCCUCUUAAAUAUUUUUGAAUUUCUGUUUUUUCAAGGUAUUUGACGCACCGCCUGAGGGAAAAAGAAAAAUCGUUGUCGCAACAAACAGUGCAGAGACGUCACUCACCAUUGAUGGCAUUCGUAUUGUUAUUGAUUCAGGCAUGGUGAAAGAGCCGUCCUUCGAUCCUGCUAGAAAUAUGACCACUUUGGAUGUUAAACUUGUGAGCCAGAGUUCUGCUAAACAGCGGACUGGUAGGGCAGGUACGUUUUUACAGAACUUACGAACACGAUUGGGAACGAACGAAUGGCGGAUAUAGUAGGCGCGCAGUUCCUUACAGUUGUUACUUGAUGUACAAUUACCCUUACAAUUAUCAUGAAGUAUUGUUACGUAUAACAGGACCUUUAUUUUUAGCGGGAUGUAUAUUUCUGUUCAGGAUAACUAAAACCUGUAAUUUUCUUUAUUGCUAGGUCGUACAGGGCCGGGCAAGUGUUACUGUAUGUAUACAGAAGAAGAUUACAACAACAUGGACUCAAGUACAAAACCAGAGAUUUUAAAAAUGCAUCUUGGAAUGGCUGUCCUUCAGUUGCUGAGUUUAGGAGUCACAGAUAUCGAGAAGUUUGACUUUGUUGAGAGUCCACCUCCUUCUGCGCUGAAGAAAGCACGAGAGAGCUUGAAACUACUGGGUGCUUUGAACCCUGAUGGAACAUUGAACCAUUUAGGCGAAGAAAUGCUUCAACUACCAACUGAACCACAGCUAUCAAAGGCGCUGCUCGAGGGACUGGACCGAGGGUGUGGUGAUGACGUCAUCAUUGCCGCGGCACUUAUGUCGAGCGGACAUGACGUUUUCUAUCGAGGAACCGUUGAGAAGAGAAACGAGUGCGCGAUUCAAAAACAAGAAUUCUGCCAGACCAGUGGUGAUCUCCUGAGUGCAAUCGAUGUGUAUAAAACGUGGUUUGCGAUGUCAUCUAAGCCUAAGAUUCAAGUAGCCUGGUGCAAGGAGAAUGCAUUGAAUUCCAAAUUACUUCGCUCUGCUCGAGAAACUGGUAACGAGAUUCGAGAUGCGCUCUCUAAAAUACGACCUAGACUCAACUUACAAGUGACAGCAGAAAACAUCCAGGAAUCUCUCAGUAAAAGUUUGUUAGCUGGAUAUUUUGAAAAUAUAGCUUGGUCAUUUGGUCAUGAGAAGCUCGGCUAUAUGACGGUUUCGUCCGAUCAGAAAGCCAUAAUUCAUCCUUCGUCUGUUCUCUCCAGUCUUGGUGAUCAGCCUGAAUGGGUACUGUACCAGCAACUUAAACGCACGAAUCAGGUAUUCUUACUUAAUCUAACACCAAUACACUAUGACUGGAUCGCGGAAGUUGCUAUGCAUAUGUUACAGUAUGUUGAUGAAGAAACCAUUGCAAGAUCACGAGUUGUACGACACAGGAUCUACCCAAUUGGUCCAGAGCUGGUUAAAGCUGUGAUUGGCUACAAAGGUUUAACUAUAAAGCAGAUAGAAACCUCUGUAUCAGAAUACAGUGCCAGGUUUCCAGCAAUUGAUGGACACACUGCAUUUUGUGCAGUGGAAUGUAACGUAGACAAAGGAAUGGUAGAUGUCUAUACGACUGAAGAUUGUCUUAAUUACGCCAGUAACCAGGUGAACGAUGUGAUUCGGAAGAAGCGACGUGAACUUGAAGGUUACUCAGAAGUUUUCAUUUCAAAUGUUGGAGGUCUGAAGACGUUAGUUGCAAACGACUUGACAACGAGAUUGAUCCUUCAACCUGGAACAUCUUGCAAGUUUGAUGUCUUUGUGGAGAAAGAAGAUGUGAGCGAAGAGGUUUGUAUUAUUUUGUAUUGAUUUACUAUUAGUGUUGAUCUCUUUCAAAGUUGAUAUAUUGUGAUAUAGCAUCGCACAUUUAGUACAGAAGGUUCAUUAGUAGGGUUCUUAAACUAAGAGGGGCACAAGUUUAUUAGUUGUCAAACUAUUAUGUGUAACUCUCGGUAAAUAAAGUUUCAAAAAAACGGAAGGAGAUCUCAUCACUAGAAUCACAGAACCGCAGGUUGUAUUCCUGCUGGGUGGUUUGUAGUAUAUCACUAUAUGGCUUUUUCCAACUGCUCCCGGCUAGCUCUUUAUAUAUUCCAUGGUGUCCCUGAAAUCUUAAAAUGCUGAAUCCUCCAUUUUUCUAUUAGGAAACCCUAACUAGGAAAUUCUCAGCAUCCCAGAGUACCAUUUCCCGUGCUUUCAUUUCUAUUUCUUUACCAAAAUAAACGUUAUCUUAGUUUCCGCAAAACCUGUUGUGGACACUAAUUGUACAGUACACCACACCGUUAUGUCACGUACAUUGGCACAAAUUAAACAGGAGAAAGCCCUCAAAUAACUAAAGAGAUUUUGAAAGCGCCACGUUGUAACCUGAUUGAUGUAGUUGCGUGGAAUGAAAACAGACAUUGUAGGUUAAAGCUGGAAAAGUUGUGAAAAAUCUGUGAAGGUUGAGAAAAACCAUCUGUAUACGUAUAACAGGGUCAUUAUACUUUUGUUUAGGUCAAUUUUGAUGAGGUUCUUGACAUACUCCGUGAUGCGGGAAAUGUGAUUCAUUAUGCUGCCUGCACCAAUCCGAUGAGUGGACCUAAUUUCAGAUGGGGUGAUGUGACGUACUCUGAUGUUAGCCAAGCCAAGAAAGCAAAUACCCACCUACAUUCUGUUCGAAAUCGAGAUGAAUUGCCGUACAACGUGAGAAGAAUACAACUGAAACCUACCCGUGUUGAAAGUACUGCAUCUCAGAAUUAUACCCAGCCUUCUGGUGUUAAGGUUUUAGUUAGCUGGUUUCCUUUGCCUGCCAGAGAGAAAGCUUACAUCAAGUGUAAGAGUCGAGAUAUCGCUGAAGAAAUAGUUUGCAAUCUCAACCGACAAAUGACAACGAGGUUUUCAAAAAGAUCUUUUGUGCAGAAGUCAGGUGGUGAUAUCGCUGUAUUUGUUCAGGAAACGGACGAUGAAUUUACAGUCAGGAAACAACUUGAAGGUUGUUGUACCACGUCCCAAGUUGAAGACGUCUCGAAAAUUACAGUUCCGUCCAAACCAUCACUCCAUGAGGUAGAUCUUCAAGCAGAGAAAGAAAAAUUGAUGGAAGUCAUGAAAGAUUUCGAAACUGUACAAAUUCUGACACUUUGGGUUGCAAAUUGUAAGAAAGUUCGUGCAUGUGUAGUGUUCGAGGAAUUAAAAAGCGCUCAGGACGUUAUCCUCAAGUUAAAUGAAAAGAGCGACGUGUUGGGAGUUAGGGCGAUGUAUCUGGAGUUGGAGAGUAAGAGAGAAAUCACGUGUGAUGGCAGAUUGUACGACAAGAUAAGGAGGGAAAUCGAAGCACUCAAGAAUGACGAAAUCAUUAUUGAAGUGGAGCCACGUCAGAGACGUAAGAAGAUAAUAAUUACUGGAGAGGACCCUCAGGUUAGUUGUACAAAUAUAAGAUUAUGAAUUGGAAUCCAUUUCAAUUUACGAAAAAUUACAACAAAUGGCGUGGACACACUUUCAUUUAAUAUUAGACGCGCUGCCCGUUUUUGCAACUUUAAUAACGGAUGGAGCAGCUCAUUUGAAGCAUUACCAUAGUUAUACCAUAUAUAAAAUGAGGGUAAAUUAGACCGAAAUAAAAUUUUAUUCUGGAGUCAAAAGGAAGAGCUUCGCAGAUUCGUUUAAACAGAAACGAUCUUGAGUUAAUCUUGCUAUAUAUCUUAUCAAUUUGAUUAACCCUCACAAAGUGGCUAUCAAGUGUAAGUCCUAAGAGUUUGCCAGACGUAAUUUCUUCAAUAUAAGAAAAGUCAGGUCCAAUUAAACAAGAACCUAGAGCUGGAAAUUUGCGCUUGGAAUAUCAUUCGAUUACUCGAAGUCCAUUGAGAGACAUUGGUCAGUUCCUUGGAGAGGCACUCUUGAAUUACAGUUAAGUCAGAUUUAUGUUCUAAAAGUGCAUCAGCAAAAAGAUUCGGAUCAGAGUGCACGAGAGAUUGCGGCAAAUCAUUAAUAUAGAUUGGAACAAAAGAAGGCUGAUCCCUGGGGAACACCAAUAUUGAUAAUUAAGGGGCUGGACAAAUGAUCAUUCAGAUGGACCUGCUGUGUGCGGUUGGUUAGGUAUGAGGCAAACCACUUGCCACUAAUUUCGAAUUCAGUAAUUCCAUAUAAACCAAUUUUUUGUAAUAAAUAUUGUGAUCAACCAAAUCGAACGCUUUAAUAAUCCAUUAAUUUCUCCGUUCUCAAUAUUGUUAAUAAGGUAUUCAUGGACUAUUGUAAGUGAGGAAAGACAUGGAUACUUUGGUCGAAAACCAAAUUGGACUGGUGAUAAAUGGAACUGACCGUUAGAUAACUCCAGUGUGGAUAUACACUCAGAGUAACAUCACAAACGUCAUAUUCACCUGAGUACAUAACACCAAUACAGAAAAAAAUUAAGUAUGCCUUGCAAACAAGAGUCUCUAAGACUUUAGAAAGAAUAGCAAGAAUAAUUACGUUGUAUGUUGCUGCAAGUAUAAUCUGAAUCCAUUUUAUUUUUACAUCUAUUGCAACCACAUGUUCAUUUUGUAUUUUUCAGGUCGUCCAAACUAUCGGAGCUAGAGUAGCAGAUUUAGUAGCCCCUGAGGUCGUGGUGAUCGAAGACGCAGGAGUCGCGAAGCUCUUGUCAAGUGGUUAUGGCCGUGGGAAAGUCAAUCCGAUCCAGAACAAAAACAACGUCAUGAUUCAGAGAAGCAACUUCGGUCGUCGUAUUCAAAUAACUGGCAAUUCAGAAGCUAAACGCCGAGCUCGGACGCAGAUUGAGAAAUUAAUUGAAGACCUGCAGAAAACCACGCAUUUAGAGAUCGAUUUGCGACAUUCAGAUCGACCCGUGGGUGCAAUCCGAGAGAUUUUGAAGCAUUUCGGGAAAGACCUUAACAAACUAGUUGAAGGGGAAGACUGCCAAGCAUCCAUGGAGAUCAGACGUCGAAAACUUAAACUAGACGGAGUAAAAGAAGCUGUCAGUCAAGUUGAAAAUAAAGUAGAAGAAUUUCUUAAAACUUUGCCUAAUUCACGAAGAGCAACAAACGUUGAUACUGAAUGUCCUGUUUGUUUUGCCGACGUUGAAGUUCCGUAUUUUCUCACUUUAUGUGGCCAUACGUAUUGUUCUGCUUGUAUCACGCAGUAUCUUAGCAAUGUUUUUGAUUCAGUAAAGAGUGCUAACAUGUUUCCUCAGAAGUGUAUGUGCGAGGGAUGUGAAUCCCCUUCCAUCAAGGAAGAUUACGUAGCGCUUUUAAAUACAGAACAAAUUCAAAAGCUCUACCAAGUUUCGUUGGAAUGUUUUUUGAUUGGCAACACUAGCUACAAGCCUUGUCCCACACCUGAUUGUUCCUGGGUAUAUGAAGUCACUUCCAGUCCAGGCGUGUUUGCCUGCCCUGAAUGUGACAUUCGUUUGUGUAAGAAAUGUGGAGAUUCAGCUCAUGACAAAUUUGAUACGUGUGAAGCUUAUAAAGCGAGUAAAGAAGGAUUGUCGAAGUCAGAGCAACAAUUGAAGGAAUGGGCGAAAAGAGCAGAUACCCGCGAGUGUCCUAAAUGUUCAGUUAUGAUUGAGAAAAAUAAAGGAUGUUCACAUGUAAAUUGUAGACAAUGUAAUGCACAUAUCUGUUGGAAAUGUGGCGAGCUUUUCAAAACAGAUACGGCAUGUUACAGUCACAUAGAUGUAUGUGAGAAGAAAUAGAUUAUUGACAGAUUUUGGACGUGAUAAUUUUGCAACAAGUAAUGCGUGCGCAAGCUCGUACCCAGGGUCGUGAAAGAAAGAAAAGAGCCUGGGUACGAGGGUGAUGACGAGUGGUGUACACAAUACAGAUUAUUGGAAGAAGUAGUCGCUCUUCUCCUCCGCAGAGGUUUUCAUGCGCUGGAGUUAGUAGAGUAGCAACAGAACCAUACCAACACAGAUAGGAAUUAGGAAAGUCGCUGUUAAUUUCGCCUUAUAUCGUUAUGUAUGUUUGGUGUACAGUGACGUUAGGAUUGUGGUCUGGGGUUGCAAAUGGGUCAAAAUCAAAAAUGUAUUCGUGCGCGAAACAUGACGAACUUUCUCACCUCUUACUUAUCAUCUAGCGCCUUUGAAAAGCCUCUGCGGAGGACAGAGAAUCAUAGUGAUAGAUUUUGAUGUCGCGUUUAUUAAUAACUACUGAUAUUGAAUAUUAAUAUUCAAAUGUCGGUCCAUUAGGGACCAGUCAUAAAGUAUUUACUGGAGGGUGUGGAGGAUAUUUUUGGGGGGUACGAAAAAAACAACAGAACCUCUGGGGGGUACCAAAAUCUUACUAUAGUACUAAAAGUACUAUAGGUACGGAAAAAAAUUACAUUUUAUAAUUAUUGUUGAAUAUUGAAUGUAUUUGUGCCCAAAUUUAAGUUUGGAAAGAAUUGUUUUACUAAUGUCAGAUAAUCCAUCCACGACCUGAGAUCUAUUAGAUCUUUUGACGUUCCAGUUUGUAAAACCAAUCGGUUUAGUAAUAGUUUUAUUAUGGCAUCGAGUAGCAAAACUGAAUAGGUUUUACUCUUCAUUUACCUAUUUUAUAUUCUUAAUAACUUUUGCAUGCUUAUUAUAAACAGACACUUUUGACAAUUUAGUUAAUUAAUUAUAAUACUUUGAUAUAUUUCAAAACUCUAAUUUUUAAUAAUUUUUAAUUGUAAGUAUAAUACGCAAUUCAGCUCAUGGCUGCAAUGUAUUUACCAUUUCUAAAUAAAGUAUAUAAAGUAUAACAUAAGUAGGAUUCAGUAUCCGUGGAACGUUUGGAGUACAAAUCCGAUAUAUCUGAAUUGUCAAUGCUAGCAAGCUCGCACCAUUAGAACUAGGCGAAAUUUUUCGACCGAAUCGAAAUUUUCUUUUGUCUUACAAGCACUCAGAUGGAACUAAACAGAAAUCUUUUGAAUUUGAACAAUAGAAAUUUCGGUUCGAUCGAAAAAUUUCGCCUAGUGGAAAACCGGAAUUAUUGAUAGAAAGGGGACAUGGGGUAUGAAAAUUUUCACUUACAUUGAAGGGGGUUACGAACAUUUUUCCAUAAGUUUUUGGGAGAGUAUGGAAAUAUGUACUUAAAAUUUCAUUUAUCCUCCACCCCCUCUAGUAAUUACUUUAUGACCGGUCCCUUAGGGACAGUUCUUCAAUUAUAUGUAUCUGAUAAUUUUUGGAUCAAAUGAAAACUUGUAAUGAGUAAGACAAUAUGACUUCUACUUCUUAACAUUGCUGAUCAUUGCUGUAUUAUACAGUCUGUAUAUUUCUGAAUUACAUACUCGGUUAGAAUAGAAAACAUCAUGGACACUUAUUUCGUCUUUCAAAUUAAUUUGAUGACUGGGUAAAUAUAAACGUAUUCCCAGUUUACUUCUAACCUUCCUUCUGUCCCAUCCACGGAAUUGAACACUGAAAGUCCCUCAGUACCUGUAGCUAAUAGUCCCAAUAGUAAUACUGUAGCUGAUCCUCUACUGAAGCAAC